AUGAAGUACAUUGUGGUAUCUGGAGGCGUCAUCUCUGGAGCAGGGAAGGGCAUCGUCGCUUCGAGCGCAGGUCUACUGCUGCAAAGCAAAGGGUUCAUCGUCACCACUAUCAAGAUAGACCCCUACAUCAACAUCGAUUCCGGGACUAUGAGCCCACUUCACCAUGGAGAGAUCUAUGUUACGGAUGAUGGUGGUGAGAUAAAUCUUGACCUUGGCAAUUUUGAGCGUUACCUUUCAACCACUCUAAAGCGUUGUCAUAACAUCACGACUGGGAAGAUCUAUCUAGACAUCAUCUCUAGGGAACGAGCCGGUGACUACUUAGGUAGAACUGUUCAGGUGGUGCCUCAUGUCACCAACGCCAUCCAGGAAUGCAUCGAACGGACAGCGAAGAUACCCGUGGACGAGUCCCAAGCAGAGCCCGAUGUGUGUAUCAUUGAGCUAGGUGGUACUGUGGGUGAUAUCGAGAGUUCUCCCUUCAUCUACGCUCUUGCACAGCUUCGAAAGAGGGUCGGCAAAGAAAAUCUCGUUCAAAUCCACGUAGCUUAUGUCCCUGUCGUGCCGCCGGGAGCUUCUGGUGAGCAAAAGACAAAGCCGACCCAGAGAUCCAUUUCCGACGUUCGGAGCGCUGGAUUGAGCCCACUUCUAGUUGCCUGCCGCUGCGAGGUGCCAUUGGGUCCAGGCACCAUCCAGAAAAUUGCCAAUAUGUGCUCAAUGGAACCGGAGCAGGUCAUUUCCGUCCACGAUGGAUCAACUACAUAUCACGUACCGCUUCUCCUCGAGAAACAGAAUCUGCUCGGCAUCCUCUGCGAGUAUCUCGAACUUCCACUUGAUCGAACACCAACCCGGCGUAUGGAACAAGGCAAGCACAUGUGGAGUGACUGGGUCUACCUUGUUCGAAGUCAAGAUACUAUCACCGACACAGUCUCAAUCGCCCUGGUGGGAAAAUACAUCUCUAAUAAAGAUGCCUACCUCAGUGUUUCCAAGUCGAUCGAACACGCAGCCAUGUACUGCCACAAGAAAGUCAAAAUUAUAUUGAUUGACGCCGCGCAUCUCGAGGAUGAGACCUAUCAGAACUCCGCAGUGAAGUAUCACAAAGCCUGGCACGAUCUCUGUAGCGCCAAGGGCAUCAUCGUGGCUGGUGGAUUUGGUACUCGCGCCACCGGCGGGAUGAUCAAAGCAAUCACAUGGGCAAGGAUUAAUAAAAAGCCCUUCCUAGGCAUAUGCCUUGGCAUGCAGCUCAUAGUGAUUGAAUAUGCCCGCCAAGUCAUGGGUAUCCCGGAUGCUGGGAGCCAAGAGCUCCACCCAGAAUCCAAGAACCAUGUAAUCAUCCACAUGCCUGAACACAAUCAAGAGAAUGGCCGUGACACCAUGCGUCUAGGCAAGCAUUCAUGUAUCUUCACGGAGGGUACCGAGUGGUCAAAGCUGCGAUCGUUGUAUGGCCCCAUGGUUUCCCAGAUUGAAGAGCGGCAUCGAAACCAGUACGAAAUUAACCCGGAUAUGGUUGACGGGCUUAAGAAGGCCGGUCUUGCUGUUGUUGGCAAAGACACUACCGGUAAGCGUAUCGAGAUUGUUGAGAUCCGUGAUCAUCCCUUUUUCGUCGGUGUGCAAUUCCACCCUGAAUACAUGAGCCGUGUCUUACGGCCGAGCAAGGCCUUUCUCGGGUUCUUUGCUGCUGCUGCUAAGUGCUUAGAGAAGAUUCCUAUGGCAUUGCAACAGGGCCAGCGAAGCCUUAUGGAAUAA